AUGUACGUGGAGAUAAAUAAAAUAGAAAUUAAAGUGACUGUGCUUGGAGUCUCUGUUCUCGGUCUUCAACGGCCACCGCCCAGAUACUCUCAGCAAUACAUGCCGGAAACUUCCUUCACUUGUCGCAACAAGAUCGUAGGAAGCUACUACGCCGACCCUGAGACUGACUGCCAGGUGUUCCACGUCUGCGUGUCCGUAUCAGGCACUAUCCAAGACUACAAGUUCCUGUGUCCCAACGACACCGCGUUCGACCAAGAAAGCCAAACGUGCGCUGACUGGUACGACGUGGACUGCGAGGCAGCAACGCUCUACUACGCCAGCGACAACUUCGACCUGUACAGGAUCGGGUCAGGACUAGAGUCGCCACACUACGACAAUUACCGUAGUGACGCGGAGCCGCAGGACCACCUGCAGCGCAGUGAGACCAGCGACCCAGUCCGCUCCUCAGCCAACACCCUCAACAGAGUGUCUUCUGCCAGCUACAACGCGAACCAGAACGGCAACAACCGAGACCUGCGCGGCAGCAGCAGCGGUAACUUCUAUAAUAACGGGAGGAACGGCAGGGAGGACGAUUAUGAGAACGAGAAGAUCUACAAGGAAGAGGUACAGGACACCAGGAAGAAACCCGGAGUGAGAAAGGUCAGCAGGAAGCAACAGUUCAGCGAGAACGGAAACGGCAACAACAACUACCAGUCCAGCACACCGGCUCCCGCCCCAUCCAGCGCUAACAAUCAGAACACGUACACCGGCUUCUACAGCGGGAACAAUUACAACCAACGAGCCACCAGUUUCGUUUCGUCCACUAGCGCCAGGCCGCAGGAGAACAGGAACCAGAACACACAGAGGUACAACACGCCGUCCUCGACCUACAGGCCCAACACGAAUUACCAAGACAACUACAACUUCCAAUCGCCCAGCACCACCAGCCGCACGACCGCUUACAACCCCGCCUACAAUGGCAACUCAAACUCGAACGGUCAGCAAAACGGCGGUGGUUUCGGUCAGAGCACCACGGUGAAGCCGACUAGUUACAACAAGAACUAUCAGAGCUACAGCAACGGUGGACAAUUCCCGCAACCGACCACCUUGCAACCCAGCACCAAUUACCAGGCGAACGAUUACACCAACUACCAAAGGAAUUAUAACAACAUUCAACGCAAUGGGAACAACAACGUGCCUUACCAGUCCACGACGCCUGCGGCCACUGUCUACGAUAACGCUUAUAACAAUAACAACAACGGACAAUACAGACCCACGUCUACGAGACAGGAGAUCUCUCAAGCCAGCACGAAGUACUUUGCUAGUUACACGGGAAGCAGCAGCUUUGCGCCGACCACCUACAGUCCGGCUACGAAGAAGUACGUGGCAAACGACAAUGGUCAGGCCCAGACGAGGAACAACGAGAAUACACAGUACUACGACAAGACUAGCCAGCCGGCCAAGGGCUCCUCGCAGCAGUAUUACGAGAGCACCAAAGCGCCGAAGAAGGCCACGCAGUAUAACAAUUACGACGGCGGCAACAGUAAAUAUUACACCGAAACCAGCACGAGCAACUACGACAUAGCAAGAUCUUCCGUCGGGAUCGGAUUCAGUCCAGCGAGCAUCAACCACUUGGCCGAAACGCCUAGAUCUACCACUCCGGUGCCAAGGAGGAUCUCCACUGCCACCACCUACAAUCCCAAUACGUUCAACUCGAACACCCAGAGGCCCCCACAAAAUCCUACCACUCCCAGGGGAAGCACCUACGUCAGCGGGUCAGCGAGACCGUUCUCGUCAACGACGAAACUGCCGGUGACCACUACGCCGCGACCGAGAUCCGGCAAGAAAUCCGAUUACGACUACGCCUAUUACGAUAACACCGCGGGCCUCGAGUACGACAGCCUUGACCUGGAACACGUGGCCGGGAACAAGGAAUCCGCGAAAAUCGCAAGGAAUUGA